AUGCCAGACGAGGCCGCCUGCCUGGCAAUCCUGCGCGCCGCCAGCCGCCGCACGCCGCUGGCGCCCGACGCCGACCUGCCGGCCCUCGCGGCGCACGGCGCCGCGGCCGGCCUCAGCGGCGCUGACCUGGCGGCGCUGCUGUCGGAGGCCCAGCUUGCGGCGGUCCACGAGGAGCUGGCAGCCAGGGAGGCGGCGCUGGCGCGACGCGCGGCGGGGGCGGCGGAAGCGGAAGCGAGCGCGGGUGCUGCGGUCGUGGGGAGCCUGAUCGCGGCGAGUCCGGCCGCAGCAGAGUUUGUCUCCGUGCCGAAGGGCUUCAAGCGGCUCGUAGACAAGCUCGACGGCUACGAGUUCUUCUACCCUGAGCUCUGGUCGCCGGUGACCACCUCCGGCAACGACGUCUUCCUCCGCAACCCCUUCAACAUCGAGGAGAACCUGUUCGUUGACAUAUCCUCUCCUUCCAGCUCGCGAUACAGCAGCGUGUUGGACCUGGGGACGCCAGAGGCGGCGGCGAAGACGAAGCUCGACCAAUACCUGAACAAGGAGUUCAUGUCCACGCGGCUAGGCAUCAAGCGUGUGGGCGAGAUUAUCUCCGCCGACAGCCGCGUCGCCGACGACGGCCGGACUUACUACGACAUUGUCAUCCGCAUGGCGUCGUACGGCUCCCGCAACGCCUAUGCCACCACGCAGCAAGAGGUCAUGAACCAGUACGGCCUCGAGUGGGACAGGCGGCUCACCACCACGCUGGGUGUCGCCAACAACCGCCUGUACGAGCUGCGGCUGCAGAGCGCCAGCGAGGGCUUCGAGGACAAGUCGGGCACGGUGGUGGCCAUGGUGCAGCAGUCGUUCCGGGUCAAGGAGGUCGAGGCGUGA